CAGGCGCGCAUGCCGAGGGCGGCGAGGGCGGCAAGAACUGGGGCGGCAAGGGCGGCAAGAAAGGCGGCAAGCAGCCCCGGGAGCCGCCGGUCGGCUCCGGGGACGCCAGAAUAGCCGAGGACGGAGGCAAAGGAAAGGCCAGCGGCAAGGGAAAGUCCUGUGGGAAGGGCAAGGGUGGCAAGAAAGGCGAGGCAGCGGCCUGGUAUUCCGGGCAGGCCGCGGACGACGGCGGCGCGGCGGGGCGGCCCCCCGCCGUCGGCGAGGGGCGGUCUGCUGUGCACGGCGCGGCCGACCAGCCCGCGCCUGGGCCCGACAGCGAGGAGGACGUGGAAUAUAGCGGCAACGUUCUCGCGAGCAUGCCGAAAGGAACGAGUAUUACAUACACCAAGG